AUGGCUGCCAACGUCCCCAAGACUAUGAAGGCUCUCAGAUAUGAGAAGCCUGAGACGUUUGCCGUUGUCGAUAUCCCUGUUCCCACUCUGCGUGAAAACGAUGUCUUGAUCAAGGUCAAGGCUUGCGGUGUCUGUGGUACCGAUCUGCAUAUUCACGAGGGAGAAUUCAUUGCCAAGGUGCUGCCGCUGACACCCAUCUCCACGCAGUUCCCUCUCGUUCCUGGCCAUGAGACUGUCGGUGUUGUUGCCGCAGUUGGUCCCAAGGUCAAGGGUUUCGAGAUCGGCGACCGUGUUGUUGCUGACAACUCCGAGCUUUGCGGCCAAUGCUUCUACUGCCGGCGAGGAGAGGAGUUGCUCUGCGAGCACUUCGAGGCUCACGGUGUCACGAUGAACGGCGGUUUCGCUGAGUACUGCGCCUACCCUGCAAGGUUGACAGACGACAUAGCCGGCCGUGUCUUCAAGAUUAAGAACCUCUCUGAUGUGGACGCCACUCUGCUUGAGCCCGCUUCCUGCGCUGCUCACGGUCUGGACAAGAUUGCCCCCAAGAUGGGCUCGUCCGUCCUGGUGUUCGGCGCCGGUCCCACUGGUCUGGUCCUUGCUCAGAUGCUCCGUCUGAACGGAGGAUGCCGCGUCGUCGUCGCUGCGCCCGAGGGUCAGAAGAUGGAGUUGGCCAAGAAGCUCGGUGCUGGUGAUGAAUACGUUGCUCUUUCUCGCACGAACCCUGAGGCUCAGUUUGAGAAGCUGAAGGCCGACAACCCGUACGGCUUCGACAUUGUCGUCGAGGCUACCGGCAAUGCCAAGAUCCUGGAAGAUGCCAUUAACUAUGUCCGCCGUGGAGGCAAGCUCGUCGUGUACGGUGUGUACGCGAACAAGGACCGCGUUACGUGGCCCCCGAGCAAGAUCUUCGGUGACGAGAUCACCAUUCUGGGUAGCUUCUCCGAGACCUACAAGUUCCCCGCUGCCAUCGACUACCUGGACUCCGGCAAAGUCAAGGUUCAGGGUAUCGUGAACAAGACCUUCAAGCUGGAGCAGUGGGAGGAGUGUCUGGCGUCGUUGAAGAACAAGAGCGCCAUCAAGGCGGCGAUCGUCUUUGACUAG